UUACUAAAAGAGGCCCAAAAAGAGAGCGGAUGCAAGUUAAAAGACUGUCCGGACUUAUUCAAUGUUGGGUUACUAAAGUCAUACGACUCAAAUUCAGCUGGUAUUGGAACACGAAUCGAAGCAGACAAGCACUAUUACUUCGUUCAUCUCAGUUUGCAAGAACACUUUGCUGCUCGUUACUUAGCCAAUGCGCUUAACAAUAAUACGCGCGACCAAGCAAUGAAAUUCAUCCGUGAACACAAAUAUAACAGGAUAUACCAAUUAGUCUUUACAUUUUUAUCCGGUUUGUUGAACGAUGACCAAGAACCUAAAUGCAAUCGACCAUUUUGGGACGCACUACUUAAUGAACCUUUAGACAUGUUCGGCGCGCGACACAUGGCGCUUGUAAUUCAAUGCCUAGAUGAAACAGGGCUACCUCAAGCGUUCACUGAGUCCAAACAAUUGCUCGAGAAGAUCACACAAUGGCUCGAAUACGCUUUAAGCAGUGGAUCGCGCCAUUUAUCCGAACUGUUCCAACAGACACUUCGUACAUCUAAUACAAUUUGCAAUGAACCACUAGUACAACAGACAAUAAUCCGACUAUUAAACAAUCAACUACUCACCAAUCGAGACAUGAUAUUGUCAUUUAUAUCAAAUAUUCCACUUACCAAACCCAUCCCACCGCUACUACAAGCAUUACGCGAGGCACUUCGCAGCAACGAUGUAUUAGUGAGAAGACGAGCAUGUAACGCCCUUGUUCGUAUGGGUCAAAAAGGAGCCACGAAGGAAGUGAUCGAUGGACUUCUCGAGGCACUAAGGAGCGACAAUACUUCGAUGAAGAGUGCAGCAUGUGACGCACUUGGUCGUAUGGGUGAAAAAGGAGCCACGAAGGACGUGAUCGAUGGACUUCUCGAGGCAUUCAGGAGCGACGAUGAUUCCGUGAGAGGAAAAGCAUGUGGCGCACUUGGUCGUAUGGGUGAAAAAGCAGCCACGAAGGACGUGAUCGAUCGACUUCUCGAGGCAUUCAGGAGCGACGAUGAUUCCGUGAGAGAAAGAGCAUGUUACGCACUUGUUCGUAUGGGUGAAAAAGCAGCCACGAAGGAAGUGAUCGAUGGACUUCUCGAGGCACUAAGGAGCGACAAUAAUCACGUGAGAAGGUGGGCAUGUGACGCACUUGUUCGUAUGGGUGAAAAAGGAGCCACGAAGGACGUGAUCGAUGGACUUCUCGAGGCACUAAGGAGCGACAAUACUCGGAUGAAAAGUGGAGCAUGUGACGCACUUGAUCGUAUGGGCGAAAAAGGAGCCACGAAGGACGUGAUCGAUGGACUUCUCGAGGCAUUCAGGAGCGACGAUGAUUCCGUGAGAGAAAGAGCAUGUGGCGCACUUGGUCGUAUGGGUGAAAAAGCAGCCACAAACGAUGUUAUCGAUGGACUUCUCGAGGCACUCAGGAGCGACAAUGAUUCCGUGAGAAAAAGAGCAUGUGACGCACUUGGUUGUAUGGGUGAAAAAGGAGCCACGAAGGACGUGAUCGAUGGACUUCUCGAGGCACUCAGGGGUGACGAUGAUUCCGUGAGAGAAAGAGCAUGUGACGCACUUGGUUGUAUGGGUGAAAAAGGAGCCACAAACGAUGUUAUCAAUGGACUUCUCGAGGCGCUCAGGAGCGUCAAUGAUUCCGUGAGAGAAAGAGCAUGUUACGCACUUGUUGGUAUGGGUGAAAAAGGAGCCACGAAGGAAGUGAUCGAUGGACUUCUCGAUGCACUUAAGAGCGACGAUGGUCGGGCGAGAAGAUUUGCACGUCACGCACUUGUUCAUAUUGGUGAGAAAAUAGCCGCGAAGGAGGUGAUCAUUAGUUUGGACUGUGCGUUGGAAGGUGAGUGGAGUAAAAAGCAGGAGUCAUUGACUUCUUAUGCAUUUAGGAUGUAUGAGGGUGUAAGAGAUUAUCUCAUUCUAAUGUCUGCGUUAGGAGUGUUUUGGGAUCCAGAGUUCCAAACUGGAGACGCGGGAGAGAUCGCUAUGAAAUGUGUUCAGCGGGAAUUGAUAUCACCAGUUAGGCUUGUCAAAGUUUGUAUCGAGAAAGGGGAGCAGAUGUUUUUGCGUGGUGCUCUCUAUGCGUGUGUGAUCACUGAAACUGCGGUUGCUAUUCAUGGCAAUUGUUUGUGUAUUUAUGAUAGAGAAGGAGUGAGAAAAAUAUCUAUUCCACCGGGUAGUGAGAGUUUAGUGGAUGAACUUCGAAAGGGUGCGUGUCGAGCGAUCGGCCAGCUUGAUUUGAAAGUUCACAUAGAUUGGAAUAGAGCGUGA